AUGGCGAGCUCGUCGCAAUGGAUCUGGGAUCCGACCUACUCGCUCUACUACAAUCCCUCGACGCAGCAAUGGGCUCGGAUCGGCGCCGACGGUGAAUGGGUUUAUGCGCGCGCGACUGUGCAUCAGCAGCCGCACGACUCGGCGAACGCGAACGCGGCGGAGGCGAGCGAUGUCCGAGCUUCAGCUGCUGCUCAUGCUCGGUCAGCGAGAUCAGGAGGAUCGUCGUCUGCUGCAGCCCAGGGCAAGAGAAGAUACUACGAUCGAGAUGAUCCAGACGCUCAGGUCGAAUUGUCCAACACCCCGGCCGUACCAGAGGAACAAGUGUGGCCCUUCUCGGGCGACGAACACGAUGACGGACCCCUCCGCGAAGCAGGCAAAUGGACCCACGAUCGCUACGACCCCAGCCUCGACGAGUUAGCAGCUCCCAUACUGAGGCUUGUUGUCGACCGAUCGGGGGUAUUGCGAAAGGGUCACGUCAUCCUCAUUCCUCCGGACGAACCCGUACAAGUAGGAAGGGACAAGGCGUUCGACAAGCGCAUACGACUCAAGGAAUUGCAAGUCAGCAAGACCCAUGCCACCCUCUUCUUUACUCCCUUUGACGCUGGUGUGGAUGGAGGAGAGUGGCAAGUCGUUGACGGAGGGAGUACGCAGGGGACGUUCGUCAUGGCCACGAGCUCAACGGGGGAAUGGGUCAGGCUCAGUCGGGAUAAGGUGGCGAGUGAGCCCAGGACGUUGCAUCAUCUCGAGUGGGUCAGAUACACAUUGCAGUCGCUCACGACUUGAGGCUGACUCAAUCAUCCGGCUAUCUUGAUCCAUCCCAACAGCCUCUUACGCAUCGGCACCACCUCCUUCUCGAUCCACAUCCAUGCAUCCCUCCCAUGCUCGACCUGCUCCAUCAAAACCGACGAAUCCAACCUCAUUCCUCUAUCCACUUCCGAGGACCACCAACCCACUUGUACCACAACUGAAGGUCCAACCUCGCUCGGCCCUACACCUUAUACGGCCGUGACGAAGGAACAGAAAGAGCUCGAGCGACGCGAACGUAUGAAGGGACUCAAGGAACAAUAUCGCAUAGGGCCUGGAUUGAAGAACUCGACUGUGACCCCAAUUGAAGGCAAGGAUGGUGUCGACCCAUCUUCCACCCGCCCAGCCGCGACUCAAUUCAUCGACCGCGCCAAGAUCAGAAGGGAACGCAACCUCGGUGUCGGCGACGUAGCGACGAAGACUUCGAAGCAAGUGACUUCAGCACCGUUCUUCACCGUGCCAGGUGCGAACGCAGCCCAUUCGGUCGUCUCGGCUUCUUCGACGACUCGUCCAAUCGAUCCGUUCGGAAGUGAAAGUAAAGGCGCCAAAUUGCUCGCUAAGGUUGGCGGUGCAGGAUCGUCUACGCCCACCGCAGCCUCAGCCUCGACCACGACGAUGGCCACCCCACGAGGUCUAGGACAACUUAUCGAUCCUAAAGUACUGAAUGGUGACGCAAAGUCCGGCUUGGGGAGUCGACCCCUCAAAGCACUCUUACAACCCGUCGUCAUUCAUGAUGCCAAACAUGGUGGUUGGCGGGAAGAUGUGAGGGAGGCGAGUCGCAAGAGGUGGAAGGAGAUGGAGGGGAGGUCUUGA